AUGACGGGCCUAUUCCUCCGUGUCAAACUUCUACUUUGCGCCGCCGUAGCAGUAAUUGUCUUGCUCCUGCCAGCUGCUCUGUCCGCCAAGAAACCUUUCUACGGGGUCGGUCCAGAAAUAGGAGGUUUCCCAGAAAUCAAAGGUGAUCUGUUUACUUUCCCCUCACCUUGGGCCUCCGUGCUCGAACAAGAGCUUCCAGGCGACUGCAUAGAGAUCACGCCUCUCUACGUAGACACGAUCAUUUAUGGAGUUCGGACGUCCCGUUCCCAGCCCGAGAUUCAUUUCGAGCUGGUUGGACAUGGGCUUUCGAUGGCCGGAGCCCAGAUUGAGCCAUGGCUGCAGCCUGUCAAUAUGACGAAGAACAUCAUUCUAGGUAACAACGAGGCUACAGCUUUCACCAUGAACGACCCUGCCGUCGCCUUUGAGAUUACCUUUCAUCGCUAUGGCGGUAUGAAAUUCCGCUAUCUCAACUACGAUCCCAGCACAAAGUGCUUUGACAUCAUGCUCCUACGAGAUGUGUCCAAAAAAUACAGAAUGACCAUUGGUAAAACGGUAGACGGUCCAGAUUUCGACACACAGCUUCAGCUUGAAACACGCACAAACUUUUGCACAGACAAGCUAGUGAUCAGGAUCAGGCGGUAG